AUGAAUUCAUUCUUAUUCAACAUUCUUUUAUUAUUUGCAGUUUAUUUACUUUAUAAAUUUGAAAUUUUCCCAACACCACAAUCCAUACUUUUAAAAGACAAUCAAGAAUCAAGAAUGUCAGUAUCAAAAGAAUCUCAAGAAUCUCAUAGAAAUGAACCAUUAGGCGCACGAAAUCCUGAAGAUAUAUUGGUUGAUAUUAAUGGUAAGAAAGUUCCAUUGUCAAGAAUAAAUAAACCCCAUAAUGUCGUUAUUCCAAAAAGAGAUGAAUUUCCAAACAUUGAAUCGAAGGAUCAGCAAAAUAAAGAAGAUUUGAAAGAAUUUGGUCAAGCUAAUUUGGGUGGUGAAGGUACCAGACAAAAGAUCGAUCCAAAAGAUUUCCCACCAGUUGAACCAGAAGCCAAAGAAAGAGAAGCUAAAUUGGAAGCAGAAAGAGCUAAGAAUCAAUAA